UAUUGGAUGCUGGCGAUUGUCAAAUGGCCAAAGAUAAAGCCAACACGCUGACAUCCUGUUCCCAGUUCGGGCUUCCCAUGCAUGGCUGGGCCUUUCACUUACUUUGAUGAGCUCAAAAAAUCCUCUCGUCGCUCGAGCAAAAAGAUUCCUUGCAAAAAAAGCAAAAACAGAAACGAUCCACCACCAUGAUGAAAGAUUUUUCGGACCGCUCCUUGUUGCAAGAAGAACAGGUGAGAUUGGAGAUGCAGAUCCAGCGUCUUUCAACCCCACUUCGCCUCGAAAAGCCCAUUGAACAGCUCAAGUGGGAAACCCAGGAAACGGAGGAAAUGCUGAACUCUCUGCACGAAACAAUGGCGGGAAUCCACAUGUCACUGCACAGCGGCUCGCCGAAUGGUAUGGAUGAUCAUUCCAAUGAUGAUGAGUUUGCAGAGGACGAACCACGAAACCAUCCCGAAAAGAAAUAAUGAAGUCAGGAGCGCUACAGAGAGAUUACCAAGACAAAAAGGUAACACUGUGGUUGGGCGGCACAUGCCAUCACUGGCCUGGUAACGACGAGAACAGCGUGAAGAAGGUUGUCCUGGCUUUCGUGGGUUGUGGUCAACCAUUCCAAAAGCAGCGGUUUGGGUGGCAAAUCUCAGUCACUGACCUGAGACAGACAAUCAAGGACCAAAUGAAUAUCCCACAGCCAGCCAGCUUCCAAAUCAUUCAGAGCCGCAAAAUAGAAGCGAUAGACUAUAUAGACUCCACUUGUUAUCC